GACCAGUCAGUGCUCAUGACAGAACAAACAGAAUUUAUUCCGUAGAUUCAGAGAUCAAUCGAAUAGCCUAAUGCUGAUAGAUUACUAUACCUCAUUGUUUAGCCUCAAGUCAUUUUAGAAGUCAUUGUAGUAGUCUGUACUGUUAGAGUAGAGAGGAAACCAGUUUUCAGUCACGGUGACAAAAGAAAAUGUAUCUCGCCAUACAUACCUGUGGGGCUGACACAGUCCCUCUCACAUUUUGAAGCUGUUGUUAGCCUGUCUACUUUUUUGGGAUUCUUGAAGCAGUUGUUCCUAAGAGGAACUGACUGUACUUCUCUCCCCCUUGGAGGCUUCCAUGAGCAUGUUUCCUUUGUAACUGGAGGCUUUUCUGUUCCCAUCCUGAGACAGAGUUCAACUUAAAAUUAAGUUGCUGCUGCAUGGCUGCAACACGAAGCAAGUCUAAAAUGUAAAGAACAUGUAGCACAAGAUUGAAUCGUUACAAUUGUUGCUUUUAUUUAGCAUUUAUCUGGCAUUCUAUGUAGUCCUACAAUGCGGUCCCACCAGAGAUCCUCGUCACAACAAUUUGACGUUAUUUGCUAUAACAAGCGGCAAAACAAACUAGCAGACUAGUUGGUUAUGUUUCUCACCCUGCCAUGCAAGUACAGUUAGCUAUGACGAUGUUGUUUUCCUUUCUGUUUACGAUGGCCCGAGCAUCGUACGUUUGUGUUUUGUGUCCUUGUCUUUUGCUUGGCAAAACUUUCGAUUGUAAAACACAAAACUCUUAAUCGAAAUCAUGACGUUGUAUGGUCUGCACAUGGCUACGCAUCCCAUAUUUGUAAGCGUCCAAAGACUUGAGUGCUUGGAACGCGGCGAUCGCACAAACACACCGGGAGGAGAUGCCGUCGUACGAGGUGUCAUUUGACUCCUUGUUUUCAGCUGUUGAAAAUUUCACCGUUGCAGCGAGGGAGUUUCACGAGCGCCUAGAAAACGUCAACAGAGCAGACCCUCUGCAGGUACGUGCAAUAAACGACCAGCUCAUGUAUCUGGAGAGGGCCUUUAUAGACCCCUUGGGCUUACCCGGAAGACCAUUCUACAGGCAUGUGGUAUUUGCUCCAAGCAGCCAUAAUAAAUAUGCAGGGGAGUCUUUCCCGGGCAUCUACGAUGCAUUGUUCGACAUUGAGCACUCGGCGGACCAAGAGAAGGCCUGGAAUGAAGUUAAACGACAAAUCAGCAUAGCAGCAUUCACUGUGCAUGCUGCUGCCAUGACGCUUAAACCGCCUGCAUGAUUUGAAUGAACAUUGUAAGUACAAAUGAAUUGAAAUUCAUUUGUACUUACAAUGUAUCUUUGUUCAUCUAUGCCGGCAACUUAUAGCGACAUAAACAAAAUUAAAUGAUCUAUUUCACACCAGGAAGUGUAUAAUAUACCUACAUCCAGUAUUUUUUACAUUUGUUUGGUGGUGUACCUCGAGUUAUUGAACUUUGUAAAAUAUGUCCUCGGCGCAAGGGUUGGCAAAAAUCAUUG